GAUUAGUCAUUUCCGAUCCUGUAUUGAGAUAAAUUCAACAUAUCUAAUGGUACACUCAAAUUGCAUAGAAGUACAAUAUUAGUAAUUUCUCAAUGUUAGAAAUAAAUUAAUAAAUUGACAUAUCAAGAUACAGUUGAAUUAAGUAAUAAUGCAAAAUUCAGAAUAAAAACCUAGAAAACUUUGAACGACAUAAAAUUAAUUCUUCGACUGCCCGUUCUGUAAAAGAAGAGGACGCUAAAAUCAAUCUUGAAUUUCUAGAUCGGUAAGACAGUUUGUGUAUUGUGACAGUUUAUCCUCGUACAGCUCAGAAGUCUGUGAUCUUCGUUUAUUCCUCUACCUCAUCGAUAGCAAUAUUAUGUCAAAAUAAUGCAUUUUAGAUUUUGAAAGCUCUAACAUUGUAAAUUAUGAACCGCGUUGAUUUGAAAGUUGUAUUGUUGGGUGACGCAAGUGUAGGAAAAACAAGUCUCGUAAGACGUUACAAAAACGGAACGUUUACUGAAGAGAUCUUUUAUCAAGGAACUAUAGGCGCUGCGUAUGUAUCUAAAAAAAUAGAGCACAAUGACAAAUCAUUUAUUAUGGGAAUAUGGGAUACGGCGGGUGGUGAAAGGUACGAUGCAAUGACUAAAAUAUAUUACCGUGGUGCGAAAGCUGCAGUAGUGUGUUAUGAUAUAACAAACUUGAAGACCUUCCAAAGGGCAAAGUUUUGGAUAAGAGAACUAAGAGUUAUUGAAGAUGCAUGUAAAAUAUAUAUUUGUGCCACAAAAAAAGAUUUGUUAGAGCUUGGUGCAAUUGCAAAUCCUGAUAUAGAUGUUGUAGAAACAUAUGCUAAAGGUGUCCAAGCUAAAUUCUUUACAACAUCCAGUAAAACUGGAGAAAAUGUUGAUGAAUUAUUUAAUGUAAUUGCAUAUGACUUCAUUGUUGACAAUCCAAGUGUUCUAAAUGAAAGAGAAGCAAUUAAUAUAAGUACUGAGCCUGAGAAAAGAUCUCAUUGUUGUUCAUAGACAUAAGGAAAUCAAUAUUAAGUAUUGUUGCAAUUCUUUUAUGUCAGUACCUAUUAACGACAUGUUCGUGUAUUAUGUACUGAACUUUGAUACAUUAUUACACAAGUAAUAACAUAUAGUAAAAGUAAAGAAAUCAUUACUUUUAAAUAUUACUUGCAAAUAUAUGUCCAGUUUCCUAGUAUUGUAUUCACUUCGUCAACGACGUUUGUAUCUUUAAGAUAAAUGUUAAUCCAAUUUACCUUGUGCAAUAUAUCUUGAUAUAAUCUAAAAAUGUAAUUUCGAAAUACAAUAUUUUUAUUACUUAAAAUAUUUAUAGUACAUAUUAUUUUGAAAUGAAGCAAUGAUGUUAGAACUGUGGAAUGGUCUUAUGUUUGUUCCAUACUUUAUUCAAUGUUUUUGUUUGGCAUAAGAAAAUUUGAGACAUUCACAUUGACCCUAGAAAAUUGCAAUAAUAAAUAUUAUUACUUAUAUAAAAACAAACAAUUGUAAACACUUCAAUAGACGGUUCUUACUUUCAUAUUAUGAAACUCAUUCUUAAUUAUUGCUUCAUUACAUCUAUUGCAAUGUGCUUGGCUGUGCAAUAUCAUCAAUGUGCAAAGAACAAUUAGUGCUGAGUCGAUAUUAUUGCAUACUUAUUCACACCAUUAGAGAGGUAGAACCGUUGUGCAAAUUUCUCUAACUUUUUCAUAAAUAGCAAAAAAUACAAAUCCGUUAAUCGUAAAGCCAGUCGUUCGGGGCAGAAAACCUGCAAAAAGUCUAAGAAAUACAACAACAAAAAUUAUUAUGUGAAAGAAUAUUGAUACUCAUAAAAAAAUUAUUGACUACAUACCCUCUAACACCGUUUUUUCUAUAAACAUCCUUUAACAUUACAGAAAUUCUGGUCUCCUCUUUUUUUUCAUUAGUAUUUGAUAACAUUAUUCUCGUUUUUGCAACGUCUAGGGGCGUUGUCAUAACAGUAGUUAUGGCCA